AUGAUCAACACCGAUUUUCAACAAUUAGGUUCGCCAUCCUCCGCUAAUAAUGGCGGGAACGGCUCUUCAGCAGCCGCGCUUUUGGCCGCAGCAUUAAAUGUUGCUACUAAUUCAACUUCUGCUUCAAAUUCCCCUCCAGAACUUUUAUCUAUGGCAACAACAAAUAGUUCUUCUACUGCAGCACAAUUAUGUAAUCCCUUUUCUCCAGCUGCUGCUGUCCAAGCUCAACUUGCUGCUUUAUAUUCUUCUUCCAUUCCUUCACCUGGCGGCUCAGCAUUCGCUCGUUGUCUACAACAACAAGUUGCUGCUGUAGCUGCCGCUCAACAACCACAACCAUCAAAUUCUGCUAUUUCUGCCGCUGCUGCUGUUGCGGCUUUUGCCGUUGCUAAUUCCCCUGCCAAUUCUUCCUCUUCUUCUGCUGUGCCUUUUGGACCAGGCUCUCCUGCAGCGGUGGCGCUAGCCCAUCUGGAUCAUUUGUCUUUGUUGAGAAAUAGCUCUUUAGGGCUUACUUGUCCAAACGGAUCAACUGAAAUACCUCAGGUGAUUUCCAUAAUUUAUUCGUAUCCGAGUUUAAAUCUCACUAAAAAUUUUAGUAAAUAA